CUCCCCUUCCCUCCCACUGACCCAUCCCCUCCCGUCGGCUCGCGAGUGGGCGGGAAAGCUGCACAGGUAAGGAGGACGGCGUCACGCGCACGGUUGGGCCAGUCGCCCGCCUGAGGUACAUCACGACGAGUUGUCGCCCGUCACUCGCCGGCUCUUCCUUGCUCGCUUCGUCCUCGGCCGUAACAGCAGUAGCCCUUCUGUUUCCCCUCCCCUGCCUCGUCGCUUGAGGCGAUGUGGCCGCCUGCCCUUUGCGCCCUGGGCGCUCUGCUGUGCCUGGCCCCGCCGCUCCAUCACGCGGCGUCGGCGCAGGCAGUCUGGACCGCUUGGCUCAACAUUUCGUGGAAGAUGCCCGGCAGCAACCAGAGCCACGGGAGCGCCGGCGAGAACGGCGUCUACGGGCAGGACUCGCCCCUGCGGCGGGCGGGCGGCGUGCUGGUGCUGCCGCAGGGGCUCGACGCCGUCAACGCUUGCAACCCCCUCACCAACUUCAGCCUCCCGGCCGCCGGCGCACCAUGGCUCGCCCUCAUCCAGCGGGGCGGCGGAUGCACCUUCUCGGAGAAGAUCAACGUGGCUGCCAAGCGGGGGGCCGCCGCCGUCGUCAUUUACAACUACGGCGUCGGGAUGGGGAACGACAUCCAGCCCAUGACCCACCCUGGUACAGGAAGCACUGUUGCCAUUAUGAUUAGCCAUUUGAAGGGCCAAGAAAUCCUUAAUAGGAUGACAGAAGGCUAUCAAGUGACUAUGAUUAUUGAAGUGGGGAAAAAGCAUGGAUCAUGGAUGAACAACUAUUCCAUCUUCUUCGUUUCUGUGUCUUUCUUUAUUGUCACAGCAGCCACUGUGGGGUACUUCAUAUUUUAUUCUGCACGGAGGCUUAGGAUUGCAAGGGCUCAGAACAGGAGACAGAGACGACUGAAAGCAGAUGCCAAAAAAGCUAUUGGACGGCUUCAGCUGCGCACACUAAAACAGGGAGAUAAGGAGACUGGCCCUGAUGCAGACAGCUGUGCAGUGUGUAUUGAAGUGUACAAGCCAAAUGAUGUUGUGCGAAUUUUAACAUGCAAUCAUCUCUUCCACAAGAGCUGUAUUGAUCCAUGGCUGCUGGAACACAGGACAUGCCCCAUGUGUAAAUGUGACAUACUGAAGGCUCUGGGAAUUGAGGUGGAUAUAGAAGACAGAGGAGAGUCUUUCCAACCCACUGUAUCCAAUGAAGCUUCUAACAUCCCUUCACAUAACGAAGAGGAUAGUCAUAGUGAGACAGCAUCAUCCGGAUAUGCUUCUGUACAAGGAACCGAUGAGCCAGCUGCAGAGGAACCUGCCCCUUCAGAAAGUGACAAUCUCCAUCUUGUGAACAACAUAACCCAAUCUCCACCUGUAGAUGUGCUUCCACACCUUGACAACUCAGGUUUUCAGGCAGAUGAAGUAUAAACUCAUGAAGCAAAGACCUAAACAGCUGUUUUGACAAAACUGCUAUCUACCUGACAUAACCAGCAUCAAACAAUGACAGAACUGAUAAGACUGAUGUAGCAGCAAUGUUGCCUUGAUAUAGAGAUAAAAUACGCAAUUUAAGAUUGCAAUUACAUGGAAUGACCUGCCCAUUUACUUUUUUUUUGUGGAAUUAGUUUUAGUACUCUUCAGUACAGAGAUUUCUUUUCAGUGCAACCAAGGAAGACAAAAUCUUAACACCAAGCUAUUUAAGCACAGCUACUUUUCAUGCGAUAGAACUUCAUUCAGUCAACCAACCAAACCAUAAUAUUGUCCAUUUUUAAGAGAGGUUUUUGGUUUACAGUUAACUUUCAUAACUGAAUUAGCUUUCUUGAACUUCUGGUUUAUGGUAACCACUUGGUGUGUUCAUUUUUCAUUAUUAGCUUAGGUUUAAUAUGUUUUUACAUAUAAGUGGCCUCAUAUUCAGUGCAGCACCUCUUGCUGCAUUAAGCUACUAGGACUUAACAAACCAAUCUGCCUAUGAAAUGUAUCCAUAAAAUAUAUUGGGAAUUCUCUGCACCUGCUAUGCUGGAUUAGAGAGCUAAAACUCAUGAAACACAAUGCACAUUUUAAAAAUGUCUGAGCUGUGUUUGAAUAAAAGGUUAGGCAUCUUUAAUUUGCACAUUUUACAGAAGAAUAGCUGCAUACAGUCAUACACAUCAUCCAAGUUUACUGUGGACUACUUUAACUGGGGCAAACAGUCACAUAGCCCAGGAAUCUGUCCACUUUUGGAUAUUGCUGCCCUCAGCCUUGGUGGUGGCUGAAGAUCUCUCACUUGAAGGAAGUUUUGUUGCUGCUGCUGCACCGAAGGGACAGUUAAAUAACGAUUCCCAAAGGAUGGUUAAAAUGGCAAUUAAUGAAUGGAUGAACUUCUUUGAAAUUAUUUUUCUAAUGUGUGAGACAGGAAUUUGGAUAUGAGGAUAAGAGGGGAACACAGGGUGCCUUAGCAUGGAGCCUGGAACCUCAUCCACCAAAGUGAACUACAUCUAAUAAUGCACUUUAUUUUUAUUUUGCGUCUCCUGUGUUUGUUUCUAAUUGCAAGUGCUAGCAUAAGCGGCCUGGAGAACUACAAUAAUGUGUUUUUAUCUUUCCCUUGAUUCUAACAGGAAACAAUACAUCUUUCCCCUCAUUUUUUGCAUAGGGUUUGAUAAAGUUGUAAAUAUUUGAUUUCUAUUAAAAAUCUCUUGAAUACAAAAUGUAAAUAAAGCUAUUCUAAUGCCCAUUUAGGAUGUUCACUUAUUUUUGAUAAUAAAAGCAGUUGUGUAUAAA